UUAUUCUAUAUCUAAACACUGGAAAGUGAAAAUCACUGCACCAGUCAAUUUCACUUUCUAUUGUAGCCUAUAUAAGUGCAGCUGCAAUCAUUGUUUCACAUCUAUAUCAGCAUCUCAGUCUCAGGAGGAACUAGUACCAACAAGACUCGGAUAGCAUUUUUAUAUUCCCCCUCUGAAAAGCAAAGAUGGGCGGAGAAGUCUCUACACCAUCACCAUCACCACCACCACCACCACCACCAUCAAAGGAAUUUGACAAACAAUGGAGGAAAACAUGUUGGAGUAAACUAGAGAGAGAUGCCAUGGUGGCUGCACUGAGGAACUUUGAACUGAGUGAUCCUGAUGUGGGUCAGCUGAGAUGCCUGCUACAUGGACCAGUCGGUGCAGGGAAGUCCAGCUUCAUCAACUCAGUCAACAACGUUUUCCAAGGACGAUCAACACAUAAUGCCCUGGUAGCUGCUGCCUGUGGCACAACUUUCACCAUGAAAUAUAAGACACACUACAUUCAAGGCCGUAAAGGAGAAAAACGUCUGCCCUUUGCAUUCAAUGAUGUCAUGGGUCUGGAGACACAGAAAAAUGGGUUGCACCCUGAUGACAUCAUCAAUGCUCUGAAGGGCCAUCUACCUGAGGGCUAUGAGUUCAAUCCUUUACACCCACUAUCGGACCAAAAAGCAGAAUACAUUCAGAAUCCCAGUUUAAGUGACAAAACUCACUGUCUGGUCAGUAUUGUGACAGCAGACACAAUCUCUCGCAUGGAUAAGGAUGUCAUAGACAAGAUGAAACACAUCAGGGCAGAAGCCAGUAAACUGCAAAUCCCUCAAGUUGUUGUCAUGACCAUGCCAGACAAGGCUUGUGAGCUGGUGAACAGGGAUGUGAAGAGAAUCUACUACAGCAAGGCAAUCAAAGAUAAGAUGCAGAUCUGCAGUAAUGAGCUGGGCGUUCCAAUGAACUGCAUCCUGCCUGUGAAGAACUACCAUGAGGAGGGGAUGCUGGAUGACGACAUGGACAUUCUGAUCCUGAACGCCAUGACUCAGAUUAUGAACUUCGCCAACGACUACAUCUGGGACCUCCAACAACAUGCAUGAGUGUCACACGCUAGGAGAUUAGAGAGCCAUGCAGUACAUAGCCUAGAUUUGAUUUCAGAGUAAUUCAAGGUUAAUGUAGUCUUUUUCCCCCAUAGGAAAUAGGAAAUUUGUUUUCGAGGCAGGAUAAAGUAACAUUGGAGGGAAAGUUGUCCUUCACAUUUUUUCAUAUUGUGGUUGUAUCAUUUAACUUAAUAUAAAAGCCUAAAUAAACUGUUUAAAGCUACAAUAUGCACCUGCGUGACAAAAACCUUGAAAGAAUGUGCAUGCAUUGGAUAUGCAUUAUACUACUUUAAACUAUACAUGUAACACCCAACAGUGUACACUUGCAUUAGAUGAGCUAAUAUCCUUGCUAUAUUGCAAAAACAUGAUGCAGAUAACUCACAUUGAUUUUAUAUCGAUCGUUGUAAUCUUCAAUAUUUGAUGUGAUGUUAUAGUUGUGUUUUUUAUGCUUUUCCCUGGUAAAAAGAUAUAUAUAGGAUUUCAAUACAAAUUCAAUUUAGAAUCCAAUAGAAAAUCCUAGAAGAUUUUGGAACCUAUCCUAAAGGAUUCCAAUAGGACUGGUUCCAAAAUCUGAUGGGAUUUUUCUAUUGGAUUCUUGUAUUGGAUUCAUAUAGGAUCCUAUAAGAUAAAAUCCUAUAGGAUAGAAUCAAAUCAUAUAGUAUUUGUCACAUGCUUCGUAAACAACAGAUGUAGACUAACAGUGAAAUGCUUACUUACGGGCGCUUCCCAACAAUGCAGAGACAAAAAAA